AUGAAGCCGACUAUAGUUUCAGUGAAGUCUCAAGCAUUCUGCAACAAGAUAAUUUCGCUACCAACCAUGUUUACCAACGUGCGCCUCUUUAGUCUAUUUUGUGGAAUAGUGUUAUUCUGGCAUUCUUCGGCAAGUUCAGCUACUAUUUCGGUGACGGAUUCUUCAGAUAACUCGGUCGGUGGAUAUGGAUUCGAAGUGAUGAUGGCCAAGCUGGACUUUCUUCAGUACAAGUUGUACCAGAUCGAGCUCGGAUUGAAGGAGCGCGACGAAGAGGUGAAGGAAAAGCUGAAGAAACUCGAGGACUCGAUAGACGGCAUACAGUGGGAGAUCCAUCGGCACGAUCGAGAUGCUGGACACAACUUAACUGUGCUGAAGGCACAUUCCCAGCAGAUCCUCGCUCAACAAACAGCGUGUGCUAGCCACGAACAAAUGCGGAAGGAGAUCGCACAACUCAGUGCAAAUACAACGCGGUUUAUGCAAAAUCCGCUGUGGUACGUACAGAAAAGCUCAUUCAAAUCGUGCAAGGAGGCACCGGCAAACGUAUCAGGUGUCUACUUGAUCCAGCUGAGUGACAACGAAUCUCCUUUCGAUGCGUUUUGUGAGCAGAAUAGCUUCGGCGGCGGAUGGUUGGUGAUUCAGUAUCGCUACGACGGAUCCCUCGACUUCUAUCGAAACUGGACAGAGUACCAAAAAGGAUUCGGAAGCGUAGAUCGAGAGCACUGGCUUGGAUUAGAACGGAUUCACCAGCUGACAUCGCGUCGACAGCACGAGCUACUGAUAGAACUGAAGGAUUUCAAUGGAACUUAUAAAUUUGCCCGUUAUACAAACUUCACGGUUGGUACCGAAUACGAGCAAUACGUUUUAAACAAUUUGGGAACUUAUACUGGUACAGCGGGAGAUUCACUGAACCGUCAUGAAGCAUUACCGGAAUGA